AUGCGAUGGACUCAGCAUACCGAUUAUCAAGGGACUGGGAUCGCGACGGACGAGAGCAGUUAUCAGCCUGCAACUGCUAAGGGACGACAGGAAUUGGAAAGUGAUCAGCAUACCGAAGCACGACAACUGCUUGAAGAAGCAGUUGAUUAUUUCAGCCAACGAGGCAUGGCGAUCACAGCGGCGUGUUUUCAACCUUUGUUGUCUCUCUGGGUACAAGCGCUGCAGACUGACGGUCGGCAUGCCCAAGCGCGACAACUCGUCGACGAGAUCCUCGAGUCGUUCAAACAAACGGGCAACAAAGCGGACGAGCCGUGGCUAGCACCCUGCAUCGAGCACAUGAUAUUUCAUAGUAUCAGCAGUGGUGAGACAGAACUAGCUUGGCAACUUAUUGAACGCACUUUCGACUCCUACGAACUUGAAAACCUUGCUUGGAAGACACAAUUUGGACUUCUCGACUUAUUCGUUAACAUAUAUCGAGAGCACCCAAGCGCCCUCAGAACAGCAUCCCCGCUUACUCUUGCCCCGAGCCAACCUAUCUUGCGUCUUCUUUAUGAGAAGGAAAGCCUACCCGCCAGCUAUCGAGCAUUGCUCUCGCACAGUUUGCGUGAUUCCUCAAGAGACCAUUUACUCACCAAGUUGAAGAACGGAUCAAUUUCCCUUGAAGUUCAUUCCGAUAUUUUGAAGUUUUGGUCAGAGUACUUCGAAGCCAGGUUGUCCGGUCGAUGGAACCAGGAGGACAUACGAGUUGAGAAUGACUUGUCCGACGAAUCCAUCACCAGGGUAUUCUCGGAUUUCUUCUACUCUGGCUUAUAUACGGAGACUGAUUGUGAGAAACAAAAACAAGAUUUUGUCGUUGCUGACUUCUACAAGAUUACGAAGUUGAAAUCGGCACUAAACAUCGAAUGGGAAUAG